AUGGACCCGAACAUGUUAUCGUACGCGGCUUUCUUGAGGGGCUCUACUCCUUUCAUGCCACCCACUUUCGGCUUUGGCCAAGUCGGUGGCUCUCAACCAUCACAACAACAACCCGAAACCGAUGUGGAUAUCGUGCCGGAGACGCAACCUGAACCGCGAGAGACAUCGAGACGCGGCAAAAGGUCGCAUAAAAAGAAGGAACCGAACAAACCUCGUCGUAAGCAUACUUACGUUAUUUGGACGAAGGACGAGGAAUUCACGUUGGUUCGGGCGUGGGUGGAUGUUUCAGAGGACCCCGAUGUUGCAAACUUUCAAAUGGGUUCCGAAUUUUGGAAUAGGAUUCGUGCACUGUUUUAUAGCACGUGGGGUAAGGGUGAACAUCGUGACAAGGAUUCCAUUUCUAGCAAAUGGACCGACAUUAACAACAAGUGUCACUCCUUCCAAGAAGUUUAUCAACGUAACUACGAUAAUCGGCCAAGCGGAGAUAGUGACAUCGGCGUUUUAACGAGGACUAUGGAAGAGUACGAGAAAACAAAAGGCGUUUUCCCGUACUAUAAGUGUUGGGAACUACUACGAAAAAGUCCAAAGUGGGCAGGCGUAGUGACCAUGACGUCGAGUAGUAGACGUCGAGCUAAACGGUCAAAAACGUCAUCCUCCGUUGACCCCGAUACCCCAACUUCCGAUGCCCACAAUGUCGAUCUAUAUGUUGUUGUGGACGUUGACGAGCAAGUUGAAGAAGAGUUGGCCCGACCGCCCGAGUGUUGGUUCUCAAUUAUCUAUGAGUAUUCGGAACCAAUAGCAGAUGAUGGCCAAAAGAAAUCAUUAUUGCUAUUUGAUGAAAGUGAAAGAACUAAAUUCAUCAAUGAAAAGAAAAUGAUAAUUUUUUUGCAGCAAUCAGUAAAAGAUGAUAUUCUCACCCUCUUACAACAUAAAGGAACAACAUUUUCAAUGUGGAAUGCACUUAAACUUGGGAGGCCAACAAAUGAUGAAGAAUGA